AUUUGAUCCACAUGAACCCAAUCUUUUCCAACCCCCAUCUAUAUAGUUGUUUAAAUUACAGUGUUGCCAAAUUAUUAGUCCUACAAUAACAAAAUCCUAUUUUAUGUAGUUUUACAGACGUUGCUCGAUAACGUUCCUUAAACCUAAUUAAUAUUCAUAAGCUGCCACUUCUUCAUUCGCAAAUAGAAUGGCGCCUAGUUGGCACCGUCUGCUUUUCAGCAAAUCAGAACGUCAAACUGGGUGAACGUCACACAACUUCAUCAAUAUUCAUAAGUUCCUAUCUGUUAGGACAGCAAAUGGGCGGCAGCGCAAAGGCGGGGCACGGGUGGACCGAUCUCAUCCCUCCUUUCCCGUCUUUUGUAGUCAAGGAAGAAGAAAGAUGGCGCCUACACAUGUACUGAGAUGCUGCCAGAGGGGUCUGGCGUGGAUACCGGUGAUAUUUAUUGCCUUAGUUGUGUGCUGGUCAUAUUACGCUUACGUGGUGGAGCUAUGUCUACUUACUAUUGUCGACACUGGGGAAAAAAUCAUCUACCUUGUUGUCUUUCACUUGUCGUUCAUCAUGUUUGUGUGGUCUUACUGGAAAACCAUCUUUACAAGACCAGCCAACCCUUCCAAAGAGUUCUGUCUACCCAAAGCUGAGAAGGAGCAGUAUGAGAAGGAGCAACGUCCAGAGACCCAGCAGGACAUCCUGAGGAGAGUAGCCAGCGGUCUGCCCCUUUACACCCGCACGGGAGCUGGAGCAAUCCGUUAUUGUGACCGCUGCCAAGUGAUUAAACCAGACAGAUGUCAUCAUUGUUCUGCUUGUGACAUGUGUGUACUGAAGAUGGAUCAUCAUUGUCCGUGGGUGAAUAACUGUGUGGGUUUCUCCAACUACAAGUUUUUCAUCCUGUUCCUGACCUACUCACUUAUUUACUGCUUAUUCAUAGCAGCCUCCGUCCUUCAGUACUUCAUAAAGUUCUGGACACUUUGCCGGAGGAAAUCGGCAGAAAAUUGUCCAAAGAGUGACCCGACAGAGUCGCCGAACGCCAAAUUCCAUGUCUUGUUUCUCUUUUUUGUGGCGGCCAUGUUCUGCAUCAGCAUACUUUCGCUCUUCACUUACCACUUGUGGCUUGUGGGAAAAAACAGGUCCACCAUAGAAGCGUUCAGAGCUCCUGUCUUCAGAAAUGGCCCUGAUAAAAAUGGAUUUUCCCUGGGAUUCAGUAAGAACAUUGCUCAGGUGUUUGGAGACCAGAAAAAGUACUGGCUGCUUCCUAUCUUCACCAGUCAGGGAGACGGCUUUUCUUUCCCCACACGGCUGGUGACUAUUGAUCCAGAGCAGCAACACACUGAAUGUCUUCAGCCUGAGGUGUUGGAUAAAGGUGCUGUUGAUGGAUGUGUAGAGCAAGCCAGCCUUACGAGCGAAUCACAAAACCGCCUGCUUGCCAAUGAUUACCACAGUGAAGAAGAUCACAAGGAGAUUGAUGUGUUAAAAUCUGGUGAAAGUGAGGCUGUUACUAUCUCCAUUGAGAGCGAGUCAUAGCCACAUGAGACUGCUUCAACUUCAGCAUCGAUCGAUUGAUUCUCCCUAGGAACGAAGCCGGCGAUGGGUGCGUCCCCUGUGCUCUCGUGCCUUUGACUCCCAGUACUGGGGACUGUUGAUGAGAAUCGCAGCCAUCAAAGCUGAUGCCUUAAACUUUUUUGCUGUGAAACCCUUUGCUUAUGGAGGGGCCCACAUUACAACCGUCCUUUACAUCAAGUCCCCGAACGUCAGUAGCAGCGUCACUCGAGAUUUGCACGACUCUCUUUGCAAACUGGUUUGUUGCUUGCACAGACCCUCACGACAUGCAUAUUCCUCAACCUUGCAUGUGAAUUGAAAAAGUGUUUACCUAAAAAUACAGCAGUGCUGCUCCACAGCCCUCAGUCAACCCAACGCAGCUGCCAAAAUUUGGUACCAACUGCUGUUUACAUGAGGGACAGACACAAUCAUGACUUCUUCUGGAUCUAUGUUACUGAGUAUGAAAUGGUGUGGGUGCUGAUGGCGUCAGGUUCAAGACUGGAGAGCACAAGAUGGCUGUCUACAGUGUUGGAAUGUAUUCCUUUAAAACUCCAUUUAAUCUUUUUUUUAAGGAUGUAAACACAGCCGUUCGCAAAGUGCAAAGGAGUGUGAUCAGGCACAGGAUGCCUGCAAAAGACUGAAACUAUCUUUGAUGUUUUCUAAAGCUGUAUGGUAACGUUUUAUUGUUUUCUGAUGUGAAAUCUUGGCCAGUUUUCAUAUGCCAAAUAAAGGGCUUAAUACCAGAGCUCGGAGAUUCACAGGAGUGUUUACAAAAUGUUAGUAAUACCUCUCUGCUUUGGCAGUGUAGCUUCAGUGUCAUCUUGGAAACCAAAUGAAACUGUGGUGUGACCUCGACUCAACUUUAGGUUUACAGAACUGGCCAGCAGGUGGCACUAUUGACACUAUUCAUAUUAAUUCAUUUUUUUGGUGGUCUUGUGUAUUGCAUCACCAUACACUCAAUCCGCAACGGAUGUUUUUUUCCAUUCUUUUUUCUUCUAUAUGUGAAUGUUGUUGAUGGCUCUUCUUGGAUUCUUUAGAUGCAGAAUAUACGUUCUUAAAUGCCUUUUUGGCAAAGCGAUAAAAGUGAUAUGUUCGUUUAUAUUUGUCGUAAUUUAUCCUCGGUGAACUUUAGUCCAGUGUGGAAUAAUUGUGCCCGUCUGAUGUGACUCGUAGUGUGAUCUUAAGUGGAAACCGAUGUGUGGAAAGCUGAUGUGUUUAUGUGCUACAAAGUGAAAUGCAGUGAUUGCUGCCUUAUGUGCUUUGUGUUCUGAAGUAUCUCCAGAACCGCCUUGACAAAUCAAGUCAAACCACCAAGCAAACAACACCGUGUUGAUGUUGUAGAGCAUUUGAAGGUUGAUGUUGUCAUUAAUUCCAAGCAAUUCCAUAGUGGCAUUUCUGGAAAACGUUGGUGACCUAUAGUAUGAUUUUUAAGUAUUGUCAGAUUUAAAAUCGGUGCUUUUGUUCUUAAAGAUAUUUGUGACUGUUUAUGUUCUGAGAAAAUCUAACAUGAAUCCACUUCAUCUCUGCUCGAACAUUGUUUUCUUUCUGCUGCUAAAGAUUGCAUCAUGUACAAGAUAUUUCUGUACGAAAUGGUUUAGCAGGUUUUAUUGAAUGCACAUAGCGGUGUAGAUGGGUUUAGAGAUAUAUGUUUAGUUUAUUGUUCUUUGGGGAAAGUGUAUUUUAAAUUAUUGCAAGGGAUGCACAGAUAUAGACGGUUUCAGCAGUAACAACAUAAACAAGCGGCUGUCGCGGUCCGCACGUAACUUCCGGUAAACGCCGCCAAGAAUAAACAACAACAAAGUUCUUUAAACGUAGUUUAUUUAUAUAACAAGCAUAAAAAACAACACAUAGAUUACAUAGGAAACCAAAACAUUUGUUAUUUUCGACGAGGCAUUUGUUCAAGAGAUCAGUUUAGCAACUUGUCCUUAUAAAACCUAAACCGGAAGUAAAGUUCGGAUCCAGACGUGUAUCACGUGCGUCCGAUGAAACGUCUAUAUCUGUAUUGGCAGAUAAAAGCACAAUUAGAAAGUGAUUGUUUAAAAACAUACAAUCAGGCCAAAUUAUAUCCUGGAAAAAAUGAUUAUUUUAAAUUGGAUGCUUGCACUUUUAGGAUUUCAAGACAAAAUAAUUUAAAACAAGGCAUGAAGAGCAAAACUGAAGGUAUCAAUCAGUAUCAGAAAACGUCAUUCUAUUAAAUAUUGGUAUAUUUGGCACAGAAAUUUUGUAUCUGUGCAUCCCUAUGAAUAACAGAGCCUUGACAUCAUAUAUAAAAAGCUGCUUUGUUGAUGCCUUGACUCUGCCUGAAAGCAUGGCCCUGAAACCAUUCUUACGUUAUUUACCGCAAUUCAUUACCUCUUUCAUUACCUUUUAUACUGAAUAAUAGAGGAGUAAACAUAAAGCCAUAAUGAAAUAUAUAAAACUAUUGUUGUUUUUUUAUUAUUUAUGCAUUUCUGUUACAAAAUACCUGAACUGCAUGUCAAGUACAAUUAUAUGUUUGAUCUACUUGAUGUGCUCGGAGGAUUUGUUUAUUUUGUUAAAUUCAUGUUACAGAUAAUGUAAAACAGAAUGACAUUUUUUAUUUAACUUGACUAUUUUGUUAAUGAAGUACAUGCUUAUAUGUAAGAAGAAACAAUAAAUGUUCUUUUAUAUCAAA